AUGGUUUCCCGAAGCUACGCAGCGCUGCUCCUUGUUGGUCUGGCAAUGUUUGGAACCGGCGUGCUCGCUAGACCCGGAUAUGCCGUUGAUUAUUAUGAUCAUCCCAAAUACGCCUUCAACUAUGGAGUGGCGGAUCACAGCACCGGGGAUGUUAAAUCGCAACACGAAACCCGAGACGGAGAUGUAGUGAAAGGUCAGUACUCGCUGGUGGAACCGGACGGUUCGGUUCGCACCGUGGACUACACGGCUGAUCCGAUCAACGGAUUCAAUGCUGUCGUUUCGAAGACCGCCCCGCUCAUCCACCAUGUCCCGGCCCCGGUGGUGAAACACGUGAAGGCGUACGUCCCGGCGCCCGUUCCGGUGCACAAGGUCGUCUAUGCUCACGAGCCAGUGGUGCAUGUCGCAAAGACCGCCCACUACGCUGAACACGAGCCUGUCUAUGGUCACUACGGCGACUACCACGACGGAUACUAUGGUCACUACGACGAAGGACAUUACUAUUAAUUGACUUGAUUCGUCAGCCAUCAUGUCAUCAUCAUGUGAUUCCUCUUCCUAGCAGAGGGGAUCGGAAAACCGACACGUCCAGUUCGUCCAUUGCGUUGCAGUAGCGGGUCCAAGAUCGUACCGUUACGCCAUUACUCUCCAUACUCCUCCAAAGAGAACCGCUGUUGAGCGGUCUAGAUCUAGGCCAGGAUCUUCAUCGCAAAACCUUGCUCUCUAUUCGAACCGCAAAGUGCAAUUAUCGUUAGUAUUUAAUUUCGAGUUGUUAAUGAGUAGUCUUACGAAUAGGUUAUGCAGUUUCCCAAUGCCUCUCAAUUCAUGUGUAUAUAUGUGUAAAGCUCUGCCCUUUCUAUACAUACUUUUUAUUAAUAUUUGACUAACCGUCUGUCUACAUAAAAUGCCGAAUGAUGCAGUUGUUCCGACAACGUUUACCCCUGGUUUCGAAUUCCCCCGUGAAUACUUAUCUAGAUCGAUCCGUGACUUUUUAUUAACAAUUCUCUAGAGAUAUUACUCUAAGCAGAAAACAAUGAACUCAAACCAGACAAGCUGCACAUUUAAAAGCUAAUCGUUAAUUAUAAUCGUAAUUAUUACAACGUUGUAUGCAAUUGUAAGUAGCACCGUCACGUUAUUAUCGCAAAGCCAGUUUUAAA